GAGCUGCUGCCACCUAAGGGCGGGAAGGACUCCCUCGGCCUAACGAAGGACGCGAUCAAGAAGUUGGAGAGCUACGUCAUGCGCUACGAUCCAGCCGGCAGCGCAGUCUCCGACGAGUUCAGGGAGUGCGUCGAGAGCCAAGGCAUCUACUGCCCCCCGUGCGCUGCUGACGCACACUGGCAGAUCGGGAACAUCGGGCGCGCCAUCGAAGCCUUCGAGGAAGUCCUCGACGCCUUCGACAAGAUGAUCUCUACCGACGUGUCCACCAGCGAGAUGUUCGGCCUCCAGACGGCAGCCCGCAACGACCUCGCGUGGAUCGACGGCUUCAGCCCGCUUCAGCGCUACGCCGGACGGACGCCUACUGGGACGAAGGUCAUCCUCGACGACGAGCCGAACAACCUACCGUUCAACAGCGCCGAGCUACAGGACAGCACGUUCGCUAGAGGUGCUCAAAUACUUCGACUAUCCCGACUGACCCACAUCCUGACCGAGAGCUCCAAUAGAGUCAAGAGGGCAAAGGCGGCGAAGUUCUGGUCCUUCAAGAAGUACAACUGCG